GGGGUGCUCACCACAGACUCAGCAAUAGCAUUUCAAGAGAAGGAAGUGGGGCGGGUCACCACAGGAAGUGAAGAUAAUUGGGGGUCAAACAAAGCCCCUGCUGCGUUGGAACCAGUAGUGACGCAGCCCGGCCUUGGCAUCACCAAAACCACCAUCACCACCAUCACUCAGACUGGAGGGGACUGGAGCACUGGCCUGCUUGAUGUCUGCAGAGACAAGACAACAUGUAUUCUCGGGGCUCUCGUGCCGUGCUGUUUAGACCUGAGUUUAGCUCACCAAUACGGGGAGUGUCUGUGCAUGCCUCUACUACCAGGAUCCACUUUUGCCAUUCGAGUUGGGAUCAGAGAGCGCUACAAGAUACGGGGAAGUGUGUGUGAGGACUGGACUACAGUGUAUUGCUGUUACCCUCUGGCUGUAUGUCAGAUGAUAAGAGAAAUGAAGUGGAGGAUGAAGACUCAGACAUAUCAUGUGUCUACUACACUCGAAUGCUCCUAAAGAAACAGCAAAUGAGAUCUUUUUUUCUUUUUUUCAAUUUAUCAUAAAUGUGUGAAGAGCAGCAGAGAUUACUGGUAUGAACAAUAGGAUGAAUCAUUACUCUGAGGUUUGAACUUGCCCCUGAGGGCUUCUUGAAUAAUAAAAAACAAGCCUGUGAUA